CCUCCCUGCGCGGCCAUGCGGAUGAGGGGGGCGCCACGCCCUGCGCCGCCCCCGGGCCCCCGCCGCCGGGAGCAGGGGGCGCUGCCACGGCGCCGUCGUUUCCCAUUGGCUGUUGGGGCGGCGCGCACGUGCCGGAGCCUUGUGCGCGGCGGCGGCGAUUGGGCGCGGGCGGGAAGGGGCGAGGCGGGGUAUGCAAAUGAGCCGCUGUGGAAGCGCCCCCGGGGGGCGCUGGUGCGGCCUUUGCCGGGCCCUGGCCGGGGGAUGCGGGUCCGUGUCCUUCCCAGCGCCGGGAACCCCCCGGCGCCCUGGGGGAGGGUGAGCGAUUGGGGUUGUGGGCACGGGCUGAGGCCUGAGCCCCUCCCCUGGGACCUGGGUAGGCCCUCGUGCCCAGGCAGCGGGGAGGCAGCAAAGGGGGCUGAAGUGAGGAGUGCCAGUGGUGACACAGAGAGGAAAAUGGCCCAAGCUACCGUGCCAGCAGCAUCCAUCCACGACGAGGACUCCUCUGAAAGCAAAAUGGUGGUUACGUUCCUCAUGUCAGCGCUGGAGUCCAUGUGUAAAGAACUUGCCAAGUCCAAGGCAGAAGUCGCCUGUAUCGCUGUAUAUGAAACAGAUGUGCUUGUUGUUGGAACCGAGAGAGGAAGAGCCUUUGUCAAUUCUCAGAAAGAUUUUCAGAAGGAUUUUGUCAAAUUCUGUGUUACAGAAGAGGAGAGGACUGCAGAACAGCAGAAAACAAAGACUGGACCACCCGUGAACAGACUGACAGUGGAUAUUGUGGAACUGGAAGCUCUCAGAAAGUCCGUGGAGGACUUUUUCUGCUUUUGCUAUGGUAAAGCUUUAGGGAAGUCAACAGUGGUACCUGUGCCAUAUGAGAAGAUCCAGAGGGACCAGAGCGCGGUGGUGGUGCAGGGUCUGCCCGAAGGACUUGCCUUCAAACAUCCAGCAAACUACGAUGUGUCAACCCUGAAAUGGAUUUUGGAAAACAAGUCUGGGAUCUCAUUUAUCAUCAAAAGGCCUUUCCUAGAGUCGAAGAAACACCUCGGAGCUCAUAUGACAGAUCCUUCACAUUCAAUUAUACCUCCAAGUGGAAGUUGUCCUAUUAAAGUGAAAACGGAACCCAAAGAGGAUUCUGGAGUUUCUUUGGAAAUGGCAACAGUGGUGGUGAAGGAGGAAUCAGAUGAUCCUGACUACUAUCAAUAUGCUAUUCCAGAUCCCUCCCAACGCGCCUCCUCAGAAACCAGUGAGGAUCCCGAGGUCGAGGUCACCAUCGAAGAUGAUGACGAUGACUACUCACCCCCUAACAAGAGAGCGAAGAGCACCGAGUCACCUAGUGAAACUGCCAGUACUGGGAGAAGAAAAGCGAGAGAGUUCAAUUUUGAGAAAUGGAACGCGCGAAUUACAGACUUAAGAAAGCAAGUUGAAGAGCUCUUUGAAAUCAAAUACGCUCAAGCUAUAAAAGCAAAAGGUCCCGUGUCUGUCCCGUACCCGCUCUUCCAGUCCCAUGUGGAAGAUUUAUACGUGGAAGGGCUGCCAGAGGGAAUUCCCUUCAGGCGUCCGUCCACGUACGGCAUCCCCCGUCUGGAGAGGAUACUUCUAGCAAAGGAGCGAAUCCGCUUUGUGAUUAAAAAGCAUGAGCUUUUGAAUUUGACACAAGAAGAUGCACCGUUGGACAAACCAGUUGCAGGAGUGAAGGAGGACUGGUAUGCCAGGAUCACCAAACUCAGAAAGGUGGUAGAUCAACUCUUCUCUAAAAAGUUUGCCGAGGCCCUGGGGAGCACGGAGCCGAAAGCUGUUCCCUACCAGAAAUUUGAGGCCCAUCCUACCGAGCUCUACGUCGAAGGGCUGCCAGAGAACAUCCCCUUUAGGAGCCCCUCCUGGUAUGGAAUCCCUCGUCUUGAAAAAAUAAUUCAAGUGGGCAACAGAAUAAAAUUUGUGAUCAAAAGGCCAGAGCUGCUCACUCUCCCUUCAGCUGAAGUUAUUCAGCCCAAGCCAAACACCCUGGUGAAAGACGAUUGGAAUGUCAGGAUCACAAAGCUGAGAAAACAAGUGGAAGAGAUAUUUAAUAUGAAGUUUGCCCAAGCUCUGGGGCUCUCAGAGGCGGUGAAGGUUCCCUAUCCUGUAUUUGAAUCAAACCCCGAGUACCUGAGCGUCGAAGGUUUGCCCGAAGGAAUCCCCUUCCGGAGUCCCACCUGGUUUGGAAUUCCACGCCUCGAAAGGAUUGUCCGUGGGAGCGGCAAAAUCAAAUUUGUUGUUAAAAAGCCUGAGCUUGUCACUUCCUAUUUGCCUCCAGGGCUGGCCAGUAAAAUAAACGCUAGAGCAACGAGUCCAAAGAGAUCGAAAAGGUCACGAAGUCCUCCAGGGAAUUCAAAGGUUCCAGAGAUUGAAGUUACUGUUGAAGAAGGUCCUAACAAACCACAAACACCAGAUGUUCGAACUAAUUCGCAAACCAAUGGGUCCAAUAUGAGUUUCAAGCCCCGAGGAAAAGAAUUCUCUUUUGAGGCGUGGAAUGCCAAAAUUACUGACUUAAAGCAGAAAGUUGAAAACCUUUUUAAUGAAAAAUGUGGGGAAGCGCUGGGGUUGACUAAACCAGUGAAGGUGCCGUUUGCGUUGUUCGAAUCCUUCCCAGAGGCUUUCUAUGUGGAAGGGCUACCUGAGGGGGUGCCGUUCCGCCGACCCUCCACUUUUGGAAUUCCAAGGCUGGAGAAGAUCCUGAGAAACAAAUCUAAGAUAAAAUUCGUUAUUAAAAAGCCCGAGAUGUUUGAGGCAGCUGUUAAGGAAAGUUCUGCUGUAAGCCCCCAAAGGAAAAAUAAUUCAUCCAAUAUAGCAAAUACAGCAAGCACCACAACAAACACAGCAGUGAACACAGCUGCAGGUGUUGAAGAUCUUAACAUCAUUCAGGUGACUAUCCCAGAUGACGAAAGUGAGAGGCUGUCAAAAGUAGAAAAGGCAAGACAACUGAGAGAGCAAGUAAAUGACCUUUUUAGCCGGAAAUUUGGUGAAGCCAUCGGCAUGAAUUUUCCUGUGAAAGUCCCGUACAGGAAGAUCACUGUCAACCCCGGCUGUGUGGUGGUGGAUGGGAUGCCGCCCGGCGUGGUGUUUAAAGCUCCCAGUUACCUGGAAAUCAGCUCGAUGAGGAAGAUUUUGGAAUCAGCAGAGUUCAUCAAAUUUACUGUCAUUCGACCAUUUCCAGGACUUGUGAUUAACAAUCAGCUGAUGGAAAAAGCUGAAGCAGAAGCAGCACCCCCAGCAGCACCAGUCCUACCAGAUGCAGCUGAACCAAGCCGAAUAGAAGUAUCUGUAGGAGGUAUCACAGAAACAGAAGAAAUUUCUCAUAUAAAGCAAGAACCGGGCCCGACGUGGUAGGACCUCAUCAAUACUGGUCAGAAGUAUCCAGUUCUGAGAAGAGCCCGCCGGGACUGUCUUGAGCUGUGUAAUAUAACUGUAUAAGAGAAGUACCUUCUAUACAAACCGGUUUUGUACUUUUAGAUAGAAAUGUCUACUUUUUCAGCAGUUCUGUGAAUUGACUUAAAGAAGGACUAGAGAUUUGAAGAUGUCCCUACUCAUGGCGGGGUGGAUGACCUUUGGAGGUCCCUUCCAACCCGAACUAUUCUGCGGUUUGGAAUAGCUCGUUUUCCUUUGGAAUAUAUUAUAAGGACUAAAUUUGCUGCAACAGUGCUGGGGAGAUGACAGGGGCUAAAAUCAACAAAGACUUCACAGAGGCUGGCUGCACCUCCCAAGCUGAAUUUCACCCCACCUGAAUGCAUCUCAGCUUUUGUAAUGAAGAAAAAUUCCUGCAAGUAGUUCAGUUUGUUAGUUUUACUUUGGGGAAAAGAAAACAAACAAACAAACAUUAAGUUUUGGUUCUUAUUAAUGGACAAUAGUAUCUGUAUAUUUGAACUAAUUUUUCCUAUGGUAUCUAUCACAAUUCAUAUGGUUUUCAUAAAUAAAAGAUAAACUGGUUCACUUGACCGUCAGUACGCAUUAAUGAGAUGGACUGUGAAAUGGCCAGUAUUUCAGCGUGUGGAUUAGGAACCAAUUUAAAAUAAACCCUGUUGUAGUCUGUUCCAUUUAAUUCAAAGUAGUAAGUGCAUGUUUUAUCAGAAUAUCAGAUGGUUUAGAUACGCUGGGUCUGGUCUCGCAGAACUUGUGUGGAGCUGUGUGAGAGCUGUUUGGAGCUGUGGCAGAUGCUCUUCUGGUCAUCCUUCUCUGGAGACAUUCAUAACCCACCUGGACAUGUUCCUGUGCGACCUCACCUGGGCGUUCCUGCUCCAGCAGGGGGAUUGGACUGGAUGAUCUUUUGAGGUCCCUUCCAAUCUCAAACAUACUGUGAUACUGUGAUACUGUGAUCCAGAACUAGUUAUGGAAACGUAUGCUACAAGCUGCUCCAAGUCUCACUAUGUCAAAAGAUAAGUUUCUCAUAGUCCUGAUUACACCCCAGAUCAUGUUAAAAACUCAUGUAUACUUUUUUUUUUUAAGUUUCACAAACCAUAAGGGAUGUAAAGUUCUGGUUCAAUUAUAAUCUCUAGAGAGAACAUGCAGAUUAUUAUCAAGGUUUCUCUUUUAUUGGCAUGAGUUUGGGAUGACUGCAUUAUGCACAAAUGGUAAAUCUUAUUCCCUGAUUAAGAAAUAAAGACCUGUCUGGUGGUAUUCAUGACUGUCCACGCAGUAUAUUUUACAACAAGUCAAGUUCUAGCAGUAAUUCUGUAGGCAGGUAGAGCAUGCUGUAGCAUAUUCAUUCCAGCAAAGGAAUUUAAGUUCCAGUCGUGCCUUUCAGAUGGAAACGCAGCUCCGGGUGGGUGAGAUCGUUGUAUCUGCAAGGAAAAUUUUGAAGCCUUAAAUUCAAUUGGGUGGAGUGUCUGUUCCCAGGGAGCCACCUGAAAUUCAGCAGCCGAAUUCAGAGCUCGUUCUGGAGGCAAGGGCGCCCUGUAGGCCGUGUGCUUGCGUCCUCACGAUUGCUCUGUGCAGAUGUAGCAGCUCCCACUUAAACGUUCGGACCUUGUGCUGUUGCUGUCAGUAGGAGCAGGGUUAGUUGUGCACUGAGGCUUUUGGAAAGCGCUGGUCCCAGCUGUACCUUCCAGCUCCAGAGUGGAACCAGUGAUCCGCAGCACAAACAGCCCCAAUCUCAGUCCCAUGGGCACUUACCUGUGGGUACUGUCCCGAAUUACAAACACCAAGGUAUUUCAGUGCUGAUUACUUUAAUCGACACACUCUAUUAAUUCACCUUCCAUAAACAGGUUGUUAUCAGAGCAAUGGCCAGUUUCACAGUUGCUGCUAGAAAUGUGUAGAACGGGGAAAUGAGUUAUUGCAUCUUUCCCCGUGUUUUCAGCUGCUUUCCGCUUCCCCUUUCGCAAAAGCAGAAGGAUGGUCCAUCCCUCCUUCACAGCUGUCUUGGGGGACACUUUUUGCAUAGCUGCCAGCUAUAAAUUGCUACUGGAGUCAUUAGGGCUCACUCCAAAUGAGGGUGAGACAUCAUAGCGAAAGAACUGUGGAGUAGUUCCAGGCUGCUGCCUCGUCAGGUGUGUAGCAGCGGAGUGUGGACACCCUGCAAUUUCGUGUGCAGGAGCUGGGAAAAGAAAAAUGAAGUGAAAACCGCUGCAGUGGUGUUACUGGAAGGACUGGGAGCUGGUGGCGGUGUCUGUCCCGCCCCUGGGCUUGCAGUAAUGCUGGUGGGUGCGCCCGAGUUCAACACUGAGGUUUCUUUUUGGUGUCAGACGUUUUUGAGUUGUGUUCAAUAGAAAAAAGAUAGACCGACAAAAUAAUUGUGCCAAUAUUUAUACCUUCUAAAUAUAAAUUUUAUAUUAAAGAUUAUAUAUAGUCCUAACAGGUAGACUUUUAUGAUGUUGACCAUGUAUGAAAAUCUCAUUUCAAACUACUAAUACAUGAGGUGUUGUCACUCUUUGGGUAUUGAGUGAUAACGCCCUAACCACCCUUGGCUGUACUAAUAAAUAAAUAAACUUGAAACAACUUA